GGAUGCUUUAAAAGAGUGUCAAAAGUGCAAGUAGUCUCGGCACACAGCAAACGCGCACUGAGCAAUACUAGGAUUUUCCAUACAAGAUAACAGACAAAAAUGAAGCAUCAAACUGCUUUGCUUUGCAUCGUGCUUAUAAGCCAGCUUUCAGUCCUAACAGCGCUUCAGUGCUUCACAUGCGGCAGCCAGUUCUCCCCGGAAGACUGCAGAGAAAACCAACGACCGCUGGCCUGCAGACCCGACCAGGAUCGUUGCUUCACUGGUUACAUGGAGAUCCCAAAGUUCGACUUCAAGGUGUACGGCAAGGGGUGCCGAAAACAGUCCGAGUGCGAGUUCGGGCUGCCGCCGGAAUGUGAGAUUUCCGGGGCGAAGUGCCGAGCGCAAUGCUGCGAAUCAGACUCUUGCAAUAAAUGAACCCAAAGGAUUCGGGGGAAUAACAUGUGACUAGACAAAGACACGUGCCCAAGAAGAAGAUAGCUUAGGAAAAAAGAGUGAGACAUAUCUGUGUAGUUAUUAAAGGCUAUGAUUAUGUCUCGCUGAAAACGUAUGAAAAUUUGGGUUAAAAUCAAGAGAGUCGUACUCUCCUAUUUUGCCUUUAGAGGCAACGGAAAUUCUAAUUGGUAUUUAUCACUAAGUGUCACCGUUAUUUACCUCUAAAACUUAUUUAUUUCAAGCGUUCCGGUAAUAAAUAUUUGAACAAAG